AGGGGAGUCAAAUUCAAUUCGCUUUGCUUCCUUCCUUCUAACCCAGAGUUAGUUCAUGGGCUGAAGAUGGUGAAAUGGUCACCAUGGAUGUCACCGACAUCCAAGAAGUUUCAGGUGAGGAUGAAGCUGAAGAGACUGGAAGGUUUUGAGUUCGACAGCUAUGGCAAGGAAAAUGAAGAGCAAGACACAGAGAAAGUGGUGGCUGUUGAGAUGAAAUGGAAAGCAUCCAAAGGGAGAUUAGUCCCCUUGCAUCGGUCGUUGUCCAAGCACCGCCGUCGACAUGUUUCCGCCGAGAUAAUUCCAACAAGAGGUGGUGUGCUUGAAUGGGACGACGAUGAAUUCGAAAGCGUGCCUAGCUUGUCGAUGUUGCAGAAGGACAACUCGUUCAACCCAUGCAAUGUUUCAUUCAAUCUUCUCUUUGGACAAAAGGGUAACAAACUCCCAACGAUAGGGACGACUACGCUGAACAUUGCCGAACUGGCUUCACGCAUGGAAACUCAGGUAGAAACGAAGCUUCCGAUCACUUUACAGGUUGCCGGCGUCGCCAGCGAAGCUUCGCUUUUGGUAUUGAUAAGCUUUGUCGAGAUCAAGAGCUCCUCCUACUCCAAGGAACCCUUGGAAAUUACCCACGACGAAUGCAUGGUUGAUAAGGAUGAUGGGUUCUUAAGAAAAAUGAUGGAUCUAACAGGCUAUGUCUCUAAGAAUAAAAAGAAAAAGACGUAUGCGGAGAAGAGCCGAAAGGGCUCGAAAAUAUACUCUGGUGAGACGACGGACGAUUCAUCCACAUUUGACUCAAACAUCUCGCCGGGAAAUGAUUCAGGUUCAAUCGAGCAGGAGUUAGGCCAGAUGGAUCACCUCUCAAAACAGUGCGCGAUGGUAGCAACUGGAGACGAGCCAUCAGCUUACUAUCGUGAAAAUAGUAUGACGAAGGUUCAGUUGGGACCGUCUCUGAGUUCAAAAACUCAGUUGGACUCGGUACCGAAGUUUGGGUUCUUGUCGUGGAAGAAGAGGAAGCUGUCAAUGAGAAGAAAAGAUGAGCCACUGAUUAGGAAGACCAAACGCGACGAAACCGUUGAUUUAGCGAAAACCAGUGAAAAAUUAAGCAGAGGUUCAUCUCAUAGGUCCGAAUGUAACAACCAUGGCUUAUCUAUUGAUGGAUGGGAAGAGAGGGAACUGAUCAGCCGAGACGGUCUGGCAAAGCUCAAAGCCAGUGUCUUCUUUGCUUCCAUCGACCAACGAAGUGAGAAGGCUUCCGGAGAGAGUGCCUGCGCUGCCCUUGUUGCAGUCAUUGCAGAUUGGCUUCUGUCAAACAGAGGUGCCCUUCCAACAAAGGAUGAAUUCAACACUCUGAUAACAGAAGGUUCCUCUGAGUGGCGGAAUCUCUGCGAAAAAGAGGACUACAUGCAACGCUUCCCUGACAAGCACUUCGAUCUCGAGACUGUGCUAGAAGCAGACCUUAGGCCUCUUUCAAUCAUGCCAGACAGAUCUUUCAUAGGGUUCUUCAGUCCUGAGAAGUUUGAGUCCUUGAAGGGACAUAUAUCCUUCGAUAGUAUAUGGGACAUGAUAAGCGGUAGCAUCAACGAUGGUGAGCAUCAGGUUUAUAUGGUCAGCUGGAAUGAUCAUUUCUUCAUUUUGAAGAUUGAAUCCAAUGCCUGUUAUAUAAUUGAUACUUUGGGAGAACGACUGUUCGAGGGGUGCAGCCAGGCCUACAUCUUGAAAUUUGAUGACGCAUCCUCCAUUUAUGGGUUGCCGAAGGAAGACAGAAAUGACAGAGACAGCAACAAUGGAGAGAAUACCCAUGAGCUUGUUUACAGGGGUAAGGAGUGUUGUAGGGAGUUCAUAAAGAGAUUUCUUGCUGCUAUUCCAUUGAAGGAAUUGGAGGUGGAAGAGAAGAAGGGCCGGUCAGUCUCAGGCUUAUCCCUCUAUCGACGUUUGCAGAUUGAGUUCCACUUUAGCUCCACUACUUCUGCAUCUUCUUCUUCUUCUUCCUCUUCGGAUGAAGCAGAGGAUGGAUUUUUUCAAUAGAUUAAUUGUACAUCUGAUUGUUUUGCGGUUCUCUAACUAUUAGGAUGGAUUUUUCAAUCUUUAUAUAUACAUAAAGUUUUGACACUAUCCAUUCACUGGAUUAAAACUUAGCAAUUGGUCUCCAAUGCAACACAACAAUGUACUUACUACAGUCCAGAAGUCAGAAGAUGAGAAGAAUCAUUUUAACUUUUAACCAAAACAGCAAGAAUAGAAAGUAAAGAACUUCAUAUU